AUGGCCUCUAGAACCGCUCUCCCGUCGGUGACGACGAAAACAGUACCCCGACCUGCCCCUAAUGGCAUGGGAAAUGGGUUAUUUGCAACCACGGACAUGAACCCUGGUGAUACUGUCCUACAUAUUGAAGCACCGUUUGUGGCAAUCCUUGAUUCGCCGCGUUUGGAGGAUACUUGCGCUGGAUGUUUCGGGAAAAGACAGGUGGAAACCGGUAGCGAGCUGAAGGCUUGUACAGGGUGUCGUGUCGUGAAGUAUUGUGAUCGGACAUGUCAAUCUAAAGAUUGGAAAUUUGCUCAUUCUCUUGAAUGCCCAAUCUUCAAAAAUCUCAAGCCGAUGGUGCUUCCCAACAAUGCGCGUGCUCUUCUGCGCAUGGUGUUGCGGUCUGCUCGCAACAAGUAUGACGCUGAAGAAUUCAAGGUCUUUGAAGGCCUUGAGACCCACAUCAAUGAGAUCUCAGAGAGCCAGGGUCAGCUUGACAGGAUCACAUUAACUGCUAGGGCCGUGAAGAACUACUCAGGAACCGAUAUAGAUGAAGGCACUGUUUCAUCAUAUGCCGCCAAGCUGGAUCUCAACUCAUUCAACCUGACUACGUCUAUGUACGAUCGUAUUGGCCUGUACCUUCACCCAUAUGCCGGCUUGAUCAACCAUAGCUGCGACUACAAUGCCACUGUUGGCUUUGACGGGCCAGAGCUUUACGUCAAAGCUUUACGUCCCAUCAAGCAAGACGAGCAGGUCUUCAUUUCAUACAUUGAUACCACGACCCCAUACGACAUUCGGCGCAACGAGUUGAAGGAGAGGUACUUCUUCGACUGCCUUUGCACCAAAUGUCAAAAAGGAACAGAUACGAUUGAGGAUCAGUUCAUCACAACCCCGGAAGACAUGGCACCUUUGGAGACUGCAGAGAGAGAAGCUCUGGGAUUGCUGCAGACGGCCACCGGAUCUAGCACGGAGCACACAGAGGCCAUUGAAAAGCUCGAAGCUGCCAUGCACAAGCUUCAUGAAACCGGUGCUUGGCCUCUCACUCGGCAGCCCUAUGCUUCUCUCCGUGACAAAUUGAUCAUUUCGCUACUAUCUGCCGGGAAGUUUACCCGAGCAUUCAUCCACGCUGCGAUCAGAUAUGUACGGAUUGACCCUGUGGUCUACGACAAGGCUCAUCCCAUCCGCCAUAUUCACGCAUGGAGCCUUGUCAGAUUGACAGUCUUCCUUUCACAGGAGGGAUUCCCACCUGACCCUCAGGAUCCUGUGCAAAUCAAUGAUUUCAAGCUCAACUUCCAUUACCUGAUUUGGUACAUCCUGGCUGAGCUUGCGAGCACUCAAUCAGAGAGCUGCACUGUUCCCAGCUUUAAGAAGCUAGUUGGAAACCAAUUCGUGCAGGUUCACAAUGAGUUCAAGGCCAAUGACCUGGACCCAAGCAAGUCUAAGGGCAUUCUCGCUUCUGAGUGGCAGAAGUUGGAACGUCUGGUGACUAAAGCGUUGGCAAAAGAGUGA